UAGAACUUCCUUCCUUUCGAAAUGUGACCCUUGUGUUUUCAGCAGAUUGUGUUUGUUUAUGUGUAGCGGCUCUUUGGAGAGAGCUGAGCUGUGGGUCUGUUUGUGUGCAGUCGUCCUGCGCCAUGGUGUUGAUGAUCGAGCAGACAGAUCGGAUUUUCACUCCGUUAUCACCGCCUGAAGGAGGAAAAACCGGUCGAACCGACAAAAAGGACCUCCGAAUACAAACCAACACAGAAGCUGAAAAUGUCGAGGAGAAACUAAAGAAAAGUGGAAAGUCAGUCUUCGACCUUCAGGUGUCCAUCGAUACGGAGUCCGACGUGUCUGAGAGCAGGAGGAAGUCUCCUGUCCCCAGGAUUAAGCUGGCUGAUCAACCCCUUCUCACACUCAGUCCAGUAGACUCUGAGUCAAAACUAGAGAGGAAGAAAACACAGUACAGUCAGUUCUCCAAAGCAAACGCACAGUAUCAUAAGCUCUUCAAAGAAAUAGGCAAUGAUGAGAUCCUCAAACAAAGUUAUACUUGUGCUCUCCAGAAGGACAUUCUUUAUCAGGGGAGGCUUUUUGUCUCUGAUAACUGGAUUUGUUUUCAUUCCAAAGUGUUUGGCCGAGACACCAAGAUUGCUAUCCCGGUUCUCUCGAUCACCCUUAUAAAGAAGACAAAAACUGCCCUUUUGGUGCCGAAUGCACUCGUUAUCACAACUACAACUGAAAGGCAUUUGUUUGUGUCAUUCCUGUCCCGGGACACUACAUACAAGUUCCUGGUAUCAGUCUGCCUUCAUUUACAUACAGAGAAUGCAGGAAGCACCCCGAUCACAUCCUCAGCAGAGAACAGCUUCAGAGGAGACUGCCCUUCAUCGCUUCCUCUGGACUUCUCAGCUGAUUUUUCAGAUCUUGACGGAGUAGUGCGUCAGAGAAGGCAAGACAUGCUGGACAGUAGCAGUUCUGACUCCCAGACGCCAGAUUAUGAAAAGAUGGCUGAGUUCCUGGACGUGAUGAAGAGUGGAGAGAUGGCAGUCCAUGCUGACAUUCACCUGCAGACCACCAGCACAAAGCACCACAAUGGUCCGGUUAAGGCUGCAACUGAUGCCAUACAGCAAGAAAAGUUUCUCUCUCCGUUGUCUCUCAACACCCUUCUACUUGUUUAUCUAUUCUUGGUGUGUGUUCUGGUUUUGUCCUCGUGUUACAUGGCUUUCAAGAUCCUGGCUCUCGAACAGCGGCUGAAUUCGCUGGGCUCGUUGGUCGACUAUUCACACGAGAACGCGUUUUAUCAUCAGUCUCAAGCAGGGAUCAAUGCAAAGAUCUACGGUGAGCUGUCCACAAACCUGUUCAAAUUGGAAAAGAUUCAGAAGAACCUGCAAAAGCUGCUUGAAGGGAGCUGAGAGUCCUGAAGCAAGCUGCGUCUUCAUUAAUAAAAGCUUCAAAGACUCAACGAACAAGAGUAUAACCUACUUAACUGUGCAAUAGCCCACGCCACACAGCCGCCUUCUCUACUCAGGAGCGCACAGAUUUUUAUGAAUCAUGUCAUGGCAUUUCAUUCAAAGCAGGUGGAGAGAGAAAAAAAGCUUUAUAUUUUAGUACUGUAGAAUUGAAAAGCUUCAAGCUAGUGAGAAUAAAUGAGUCCCAAGGACUUGGAUUUUGUAUGUUUAACAUUUCAGAAAUAAAAACUGAUUACUAAAAAUGUA